CGGGCUAAGCCAUCCACAAAGGAUGGCGGUUAGGGCAUUAGCCGGGGACGAUCUAAUGAGGUCAAUGAGCCGAAAGGCGAGCCUAUCCUCGGCCAGUCGUAGAGGCGGAGGAUGGGCAUCAACCAGCAUCCGAGAAGUGUUCUCAGCUCCCGGAGGGGAUGUUUUUCGCAAGAGUGUAAGGGAGGAUGAUGAAGAAGAGUUGAUGUUGGCUGCCAUUGAGAAACUCCCAACAUACGAUAGAAUAAGAAAAGGUAUUCUUAAGCAGAUUUUGGACGAUGGUAAAGUUUCUCAUGCUGAGAUCGACAUUGCACAUCUCGGAUUGCACGACAAGAAACAACUCAUAGAUAAUAUACUCAAAGUUGUUGAAGAAGAUAACGAGAGGUUUCUCUUUAGACUACGUGAUCGUAUUGAUAGGGUUGGAAUAGAAAUUCCAAAAGUUGAGGUUCGAUUUGAACAUCUUUCAAUAGAAGGAGAUGCAUAUGUUGGAAAUAGAGCACUUCCCACUCUAUUCAAUGCUUCCAUCAAUGUAAUAGAGGAUGUUCUUGGAUCCUUGAAGAUAUUCCCUUCCAAGAAAAGAGUUGUCAAAAUACUCCAAAACGUUAGUGGAAUCAUCAAACCAUCAAGGAUGACAUUAUUACUUGGUCCUCCAGGAUGUGGAAAAACGACGUUUCUAAAAGCACUUGCGGGGAAAUUGACAAAAGAUAUAAGGGUAACCGGAAAGGUGACAUAUUGUGGGCGAGAAAUGAAAGAAUUCAUAUCGCAAAGGACAUGCGCGUACAUAAGCCAACACGAUCUUCAUCAUGGUGAGAUGACGGUUCGAGAGACAUUGGAUUUCUCGGGACGAUGUUUGGGAGUUGGAAGUAGAUACGAUUUGUUAACUGAAUUGUUAAGAAGAGAAAAGAAUGAUGGUAUCAAACCGGAUCCUGAGAUUGAUGCAUUCAUGAAAGCAACUUCUCUUUCGGGUCAAGAAUCAAGUUUGGUUACUGAUUAUGUCCUUAAGCUACUUGGAUUGGAUAUUUGUGCCGAUAUUAUGGUUGGUGAUGAAAUGACUAGAGGAAUAUCUGGCGGUCAAAAGAAACGCGUCACAACCGGAGAAAUGUUGGUUGGACCUGCGAAAGUAUUUUACAUGGACGAAAUCUCAACCGGGCUCGAUAGUUCCACCACAUUCCAAAUUGUAAAGUGCAUGAAACAAAUGGUUCACAUAAUGGACGUAACCAUGAUCAUUUCUCUUCUUCAACCUGCCCCGGAAACUUUCGAACUCUUCGACGACAUCAUUCUCCUCUCGGAAGGUCAAAUUGUCUAUCAAGGCCCGAGACAAAACGCUCUCCCCUUCUUCGAAACCCUCGGAUUCAAAUGCCCCGAGCGAAAAGGAGCAGCCGAUUUUCUCCAAGAAGUGACAUCUAAAAAAGACCAAGAACAAUAUUGGUCGAGAAAAGACCGUCCUUAUAGAUACAUUUCCGUUUCGGAAUUCGUUGAACGAUUCUCGAGUAUGGGAAUUACUCGCGACGAACUCUCGGUUCCUUACGAUAGAUCGAGAGAGCAUCCUGCAGCUCUUGUGACUAAAAAAUUCGGAAUUUCGAAUAUGGAACUUUUCAAGGCUUGUUUCGCGAGAGAAUGGCGGUUGAUGAAAAGAAACUCGUUUGUUUACAUAUUUAAGACUAGCCAGAUUACGAUAACUGCGGUUCUCGCUUUCACAGUAUUUUUUAGGACACAAAUGAAGUAUGGUGAGCUUGAUGAUGGGGGGAAGUUUUUUGGUGCACUUUUCUUUAGUUUGGUUAAUGUUAUGUUCAAUGGAAUGGCUGAACUUCCAAUGACAAUUUUUAGGCUUCCUAUGUUUUAUAAACAAAGGGAUUCUCUAUUUUAUCCAGCUUGGGCAUUUGGCUUACCUAUUUGUCUAUUGAGGAUUCCUGUUUCAUUUGUUGAAUCACUUUUGUGGAUCACAAUCACUUAUUACACUAUUGGAUUCACUCCUCAACCUGCCAGCUUUGUUAAACAGUUCUUGGCGUUCUUUUUGAUACAUCAAAUGGCGAUGUGUCUUUUUCGAUUCAUUGCUGUUUUGGGGAGAUCGCAAAUUGUUUCUCAGACGAUUAGCACAUUUUCUAUGCUAGCAAUUUUCAUUCUCGGGGGAUUUAUCGUGUCCAAAGAUGAUCUUCAACCUUGGAUGAAAUGGGCAUACUAUCUAUCUCCAAUGAUGUAUGGCCAAAAUGCGAUCGCCAUCAAUGAAUUCCUUUCUAAGAGAUGGAGCACGCCUAAUACAGAUUCCAGAUAUGAUCAACCAACAGUUGGAAUGGUUCUCCUUAAGGAAGGAGGUUUGUUUUAUCAAGAACAUUGGUAUUGGAUUUCCAUUGCAGCACUCGUUUCCUUUUCCGUCCUUUUCAAUGCCUGUUUCAUCGCUUCAUUGACCUAUUUGAACCCUCCUAGCGGCAAUAAGCAUACUAUUGCCGAUGAUGAUGUUGAAGAAGAUGGUGAAAGGAAGAAUCGGAGUGUUGAAUUACAUGAAUUCCAGUCUGUUAGUAGUGGAAAUGGUGGAAAAAGGAACAGAGGAAUGGUUUUACCUUUCCAACCACUCUCACUUGCGUUUGAUCAUGUCAAUUACUUUGUUGAUAUGCCUUCUGAAAUGAAGAGCCAAGGAAUUGAAGAAAACCGUCUCCAGCUAUUACGCGAUGUAAGUGGUGCAUUCCGUCCUGGAGUUCUGACCGCGCUAGUCGGUGUGAGCGGAGCAGGGAAGACGACAUUGAUGGAUGUGUUAUCAGGAAGAAAAACAGGCGGUUAUAUUGAAGGAACGAUCGCCAUUUCUGGAUAUACGAAGAAUCAAGCUACAUUCGCACGCGUUAGCGGUUACUGUGAGCAAAACGAUAUCCAUUCUCCAAAUGUAACUGUCUAUGAAUCACUGUUAUACUCUGCCUGGCUUCGAUUAGACGAUGGUGUAAGCGUUCAAACGAGAAAGUUAUUUGUCGAGGAAGUGAUGGAGCUUGUUGAAUUGAAGUCGAUUAGAGACGCUAUUGUAGGUCUUCCAGGUGUUGAUGGUCUUUCAACAGAGCAAAGGAAAAGGCUAACCAUUGCUGUCGAACUUGUUGCGAAUCCUUCAAUUAUCUUCAUGGACGAGCCGACGUCUGGCCUUGAUGCUAGAUCGGCUGCAAUUGUAAUGCGAACAGUCAGAAACACUGUUGAUACAGGAAGAACAGUCGUUUGCACGAUCCAUCAACCAAACAUUGACAUUUUUGAAUCAUUCGAUGACCUGCUUUUCAUGAAACGAGGCGGACAAGUUACAUACGCUGGACCUCUCGGUUCUCAUUCGAAUCUAUUGAUAGAUUACUUCCAAUCUAUUCCGGGGAUACCUAUGAUCAAAGAUGGUUAUAAUCCUGCGACAUGGAUGCUAGAAGUGAGUUCAACCUCGGUUGAAUCCAGGCUUGGCGUGGAUUUUGCUGAAAUCUAUAGCAACUCCAAUCUUUACCAGAUGAAUCAGAAACUGAUCAAAGAACUCAGCAUUCCAGCUCCAGGCUCCCAUGAUUUGCAUUUUCGAACCAAGUAUUCACAAUCAUUUAUAACACAAUGUAAAGCUUGCUUCUGGAAACAGAACCAAUCCUAUUGGAGAAAUCCACAAUACAACGCCAUUAGAUUCGUCGUCACAAUUGGAAUCGCCAUUCUCUUUGGAAUCAUUUUCUGGGGGAAAGGAAAUAAUCUGAAACAACAACAAGAUUUAAGGAACUUGUUAGGUGCAAUGUAUGCAGCGAUCUUCUUCUUGGGAGCAACCAACACUUGCACCGUACAACCAAUUGUCGCGAUAGAAAGAACUGUUUUUUAUCGCGAGAAAGCAGCUGGGAUGUACUCUGCACUACCAUAUGCAUUUGCUCAGGUGGCUAUUGAGACGAUUUAUGUGAUGAUACAAACAUUCCUAUAUAGUUUGAUCUUGUACACGAUGAUUGGAUUCCCAUUAAGUGCGACCAAGUUCUUGUGGUUCUACUACUUCGUGUUCAUGUCGUUCACUUACUUGACGCUUUAUGGCAUGAUGGUUGUAGCGCUAACACCAAACAUUCAAAUAGCCUCCAUUGCCAUGUCUUUCUUCCUUAGUUUUUGGAAUCUAUUCUCCGGUUUCCUCAUUCCUCGAUCACAAAUACCCAUUUGGUGGCGAUGGUAUUAUUGGGCUUCUCCAAUAGCAUGGACCAUUUAUGGCCUUCUAACAUCUCAACUCGGGGAUUUAGAAACUCAAAUUCAAAUACCGAAAAUUGGUGUGAUGUCUGUGAAAGACUACCUAGACAAGAUGCUCGGGUUCAGGUACGACUUCCUUGUGCCGGUUGCAAUGGGCCAUGUCGGUUGGGUGUUAAUGUUCUUAUUUGUCUUUGUGUAUGGGAUUAAGUUCCUCAACUUCCAAAGGAGAUAAUCUAGAUUCAAGCUUUUGAUGUCAUGAAUAGAGGAAGUUAGUGUGUUUAUUGGUAUGUAAUAUGAAUGUUCAUAUCAUAUUUUUUUUUGAUUAUAUUGUUUGUUUGUAUUAAUCCAACCAAAUAUAUAUUGAAAUUUUAAAUUGUAUGAAAUUUAA